ACUCUCGUUUCAUCAAGUCUUGACGAAGAUCUCUUAACUAUGGAUCGCCUUAACCGGAUGCUCCAAGCCGCUCAAGGCAUGGGGAUGGGAGGUGCUGCUCCUGGUGGUGAUACCCCAAACCUGAUUGAUAAUUCCGAAACUGUCCACAUCUCCUCUUUGGCUCUGCUGAAGAUGCUACGACAUGGCCGCGCCGGUGUCCCGAUGGAGGUCAUGGGGCUAAUGCUGGGCGAAUUCGUUGAUGAAUACACAGUUCGGGUAGUGGACGUCUUUGCUAUGCCCCAGAGUGGCACCGGUGUCAGUGUUGAGGCAGUCGACCCCGUGUUCCAAACUAGAAUGAUGGAAAUGCUCCGGCAGACGGGACGACCAGAAACCGUCGUUGGCUGGUACCACUCGCAUCCCGGUUUCGGCUGCUGGCUCUCCUCGGUCGAUAUCAACACUCAGCAAUCCUUUGAGCAGCUCACACCGCGUGCGGUUGCCGUUGUCGUCGAUCCUAUCCAGUCAGUGAAGGGCAAGGUUGUUAUUGACGCCUUCCGUCUUAUCCAGCCUCAGACGGUAGUUAUGGGCCAGGAGCCCCGCCAGACUACAUCAAACUUGGGUCACCUCAACAAGCCUUCGAUCCAGGCUCUGAUCCACGGUCUCAACCGCCACUAUUACAGCAUCGCGAUCGAUUACCGUAAGACGGGAUUGGAAGAGAAUAUGUUGAUGAACCUCCACAAGCACGUAUGGACCGAGGCCUUGGAGAUGAAUGACUUCCAUGAGGAGGGUCAGCACAACGUGGAACGCAUGAAGCAGCUCGUUCUUCUUGCAGAGGGCUACGAGAAGCGAAUCAAGGAAGAGACGGAGCUGAGCAAGGACCAACUGAAGACGAGAUACGUCGGCAAGGUGGAUCCCAAGAAGCACAUCGAGGACGUAAGUCAACAGUUGAUUGAGGAUAACAUCGUUGCCGUCUCGCGGCAGAUGAUUGACAAGGAAGCUUCGGUGGCACGGCAAUCAUCCAAAGAAGAUACAAACGGUGCUGCUAUGGAAGUUGAUGAAGAUCUCUAA